GGGCCCACCCGUCAUCGACUCUUUUGGAAGCUCAACAAGUGAGAAAAGCCUUUACAGAUCCAACGGUUGGAGUGAAAAGCGGGGCAGAGUUUUUACUGUAGCACUGCCAAUGGACGAACGCGAUGAAAUCCCCCCCUCAGACCCCCUGGCUGGCCGAGUUGCCCAGGCUCCUUUCUAGGAGUAAUGUGUCACGGAUAUGCUAAUGCGGCCUUAGAGAAAACUGGACGCAUGUUCUCGGCAUGGAGCAGUGACAGUGUAAGGGCUUUUUCUAGUGGAGGUUCUAUCUCUCGUGGACACUGCCUAUAAAUAGGCUCACCCAUACCGCUCAUCCUCGCCAACCUCGAGAUUUGAGAGAUCUUGAUCGAUCUGCAGGAAUCUCAGGAGUGCGAUGGACAUCAGAAGGGAGUCUGCCGAGACCUUGAGGAACAAAUGCUCAGCGUGCUUCAGGCAGUACAACAAGAUGGAGCACCUGGUGGAGCACAUGAAGGUGUCGUACCACUCCGUCCAUGAGCCCAAGUGCGGCGCGUGUCGGAAGCACUGCCGCUCCUUCGAGUCGCUCAGGGAGCACCUCAUCGGGCCGUUGCCCAAGGUGGAGUGUGCGCGCGUCUUCAGCGUCCGCGGCUGCAGCAUCUGCCUCAACAUCUUCGACAGCCAGACCGCCGCCAGAUAUCACCGCUCCGCCUGCCAGUACUCCCGUGCUGCUCCGAUGCCGAAGAGCGGCGCAGGUGGACGUGCGGUUGCCAUGGCCUGCAAGAUGGUCGGAGGAGGAAGCGACGGAUCGGUAGACCUCUGUGCGAGAGUGUGCCUUAUUGGAGAUGAUGAGACCGUUAUCUUCCAGACCUAUGUGAAGCCUAUGGCGCCUGUCACUAACUACAGGUAUGAAGUCACAGGAAUAAGGCCAGAGUAUCUGAGGGAUGCCAUGCCACUGAAGCUUGUGCAGAGGAGGAUACAGGACAUCCUCUGCAACGGAGAGCCACUGUGGAAGAUACGGCCGAGGAGCUACGGAAGGGCAAGGAUCCUUGUUGGCCAUGGCGUGGAACAGGACCUUGAGCGCCUAGGGCUGGAUUACCCCACAUUCAUGAUCAGGGACACUGCAAAGUACCCACCACUGAUGAAAACCAGCAAGCUGAGCAACACCCUCAAGUACCUUACACAAGCAUAUCUUGGGUAUGAUGUCCACACUGGCAUUCAAGAUCCAUACGAGGACUGCGUAGCAGCAAUGAGGCUAUAUAUCAGGAUGAGAACACAAGCUCACCCGAGAGAUUACGCCUCCGGUUCAGGGGAGGUGCAGAAUAACUACCCGGCCUGGAGGCAGAGAGAGCUGGAGAGGAUGAGCCCAGAAGAACUCAUGGCACUUUCAGCAUCAGACUACUACUGCUGGUGCCUGGACCCUUAAAUUGAUGAGCUAAAGAGAACAAGGCAGGACCGACUGACGUUGGUUUUGUCAUACUCCAUCCAUAGUAAUAAUGAUUACGUAUGUCUAAUUAUCUUUGGGCUUAUGUAUGGCUGGGUUGAGUAUAGCAUCGGUGAUUUAGAGUGGUACGAUUCAUAUUUAACAGCAAUGAUAUAUAUAUGGCAAGAGGAUUUCCACUUUGA